CUAGUCGUGUCCUAGUGUGGCGUCUGCCCAGAUCUCUAACAAUAAACAACAGAAUACGCGUGUACGAGCCUAGCAACCCACAGUCGUACAUGUGACGGGGGUGUCUUGCUAAUUUUAAGGAAGGGAAUUUAGAACGCUAUGUUUUUGUAACAUUUUCAGAGGCAGCAGAAUGGGUCUGCGUGAUUUCUGCGAGUACGAGACGAUUAAAUUAGUGCGGAUUAGAAGCGUUAAACUGGGAUCCCUGAAAUGGGGUAUAAACGGGACCAUUUUAGCUUUUAUCUGUAUUGUGCUGUUUUGGAAUAAGGAAUUCCAGGAACACGAUUACGUCGUCAGCUCGGUGACAGCGAAAGUGAAGGGCGUAGCAGUUACCAAGAACUCCGAUCUGGAGGGAGUAUUGUGGGAUGUGGCCGAUCACAGUGGUGUAUCACAGGGGAAGAACUCCUUUUUUGUUAUUACUAAUGCAAUAAUCACAAAGAACCAAAGACAAGGCAGCUGUCCGGAGGUGCCAGACUCUGGAAAAAAGUGCCGUUCAGAUAAGGAUUGCACAAAGGGAUAUACUGACCAGAGGAGUAAUGGGGUUCAGACUGGCAAAUGUGUUGAUUUUGACCGGUCAAUAAAGACCUGUGAGGUCUUUGCCUGGUGUCCAAUUGAGAAAAGGAGGGUUGGUCCCAAGCCUGCUAUCUUGGGAUCAGCAGAAAACUUCACCGUCUUAAUUAAAAACAACGUUGGAUUCCCUAACUUCAAUUACACAAAUAGAAACAUUUUGUCCUACAUGAAUGACACCUAUUUGCGAGGCUGUAUUUUUAACCGAACGACAGAUCCAUACUGCCCGAUAUUCCGCCUGGGAGAUAUCGUCCAAGAAGCCAGGGAGAAUUUCACGGAAAUGGCUAUUGAGGGAGGAGUGAUAGCAGUACAGAUCAACUGGGAAUGUAACCUAGAUCGGCUGUUUCACAAGUGUGUCCCGGAGUAUAGCUUUCGAAGACUGGACGAGAAAAACAGCAACAAGACCAUAUUCCCUGGCUUGAACUUCAGAUUUGCAAGAAACUAUAAGCAGAACGGAGUGGAAGAACGCACGCUGUUCAAGGCGUAUGGCAUCCGGUUUGAUGUCAUGGUUUUUGGAAAGGCAGGGAAAUUCAGUGCAGUUCAGCUGAUUAUAUACAUUGGAUCCACACUCUCCUACUACGCACUGACUACAGUGCUGCUCGAUUGGUUCAUUACAACAUAUAUUCAUCCCAGCUGCUGCUCAGAGGAGGUCAAAAGUAACUACACUGGGAAGAAGUACGAAUCUGUAGAAGAUCUGAAACAGAGCCCUCUGUACGUCUCCUUUGUGGAUGAGGACCACAUCGCGGUGGUGAAAGGGCCCUUCAAAAGGAGCUUACAGGAAAUGAAAGCUGCCGCUGUUCAUGUGAGAAGGCUGCACAAUGAAAGCAUGAGAGAAUGCCUGAGCUUGUUGCAAAGGCCUCCCAGCCGCAGCAAAGACAUCGAGAUGCGAGAAGUGAGACAAACGGGAGAGAAUUCGAAGGAACACGAACCCCCCCCCCCACUGUGGUGCCACUGCGGACAGUGCCACCCAAUGCCAAGCUUGCAGGAGCAGCUGUGCUGCCGCAGAAGCGCCGGGCACUGCAUCAGCACCUCGGCUACAUUCUCUCGACUCGUCCUUGACAGGCAGACCCUGGAGUCUGUGCUGCUGUACAGGGGCCCUCUGCUGGACCUCAGCCAGGCACACACCAGCACCAAGUGGCUGAGACACUGCGCAUACAGCCAGUACACCCAGUGGCGCUUCGGAGACCUGGAGCCAGGCAGCUGCGCUGUGAUACCGAGCUGCAGUGUGUGGAAGAUUAGGGAGAGAUACCCCAGUGUGGAGGGGCAGUACACUGGCUUGUGUUGUGAGAAGAGGGUGCUAAUCAAACAUGAUUAAGGUGAUAAAUGAGACUCUAGGUUUAGCUUUAGUGACCUUGAAACAACUGGAGUUUGUUCAUCAAAAAAGACUCAAUGUGCAGUUUUUAUGUAGAAUAAGGAAAUUGGUACCAUUACAAACCUGAAAUUGUACAGUAAUAAAGAGCUGUUUUCCCAGACUACAGCCGUUAGUGCAUUUUUAUACUGUUUUAUUGUUGUUUUACCAUGUACUGUUCUGAGUGUUUACACUGUAUAUUUUUCAUUGAUAAUCAAACACAAAUAAUUAAGUUUUGUCCUGGCACCAGUCUUCAUAAAGUGAUGUUUUACAACCCUUUUUGUACCACGAUGAAUACACCGAAAAAGGAUCUUUGAAAAGCCUCUUGAUUUGGUCAAACUACACCAUACUAGCCUAAUCUACAGUGGGAUGUUUUUGUGCAUUUUGCAGGCCCCUGAAUUGUAUUUUUAUUAUUCCGUCUAUAUUAUUCAUUUUUUUAAAUUAAUUGUUUGUUUAAUUAAUUUUCAUUUUUAUGUUCUUCAUUAAUAGCUGUUACAGAGAGUCUAUGACAUUGUUAAAGUGUUGGUUCUACUCUCGAUGAUAACAUGUGCUCUAUGCUUUACUACCUAAUCUAAUAAAGGAGAUUAUUGAAAUUAAAAGGAUAAGGGGAGUAUUUCAACAACGCCGCUUUUGGAUUAAAGUUGAGGAGAUAUAUAGUAACCAGUCACAAUGGUAAUAUAUU